UAGUGAGCCCUAACAAUGGAGGAGCGGGACAAGCGGAAGAUCAGUGAGCGACGCCCUCACGCCCAGCGCCCCAAGCGCAUUCACGCCGACACGACUCCACGGGAAGACGAGCACGAAGUGUCCCUGGAAGCGAUCCGAGCUCGAAUUUCGGGAUUGCAAGAGAGGCAUCUACAACUUCGUGAAACGCUCAGUAAGCCAGAGAAAGCUCAAGGCGCAAAAUUGGCUCAAGAGUUCGAUGAAGCUAGAGCUAGCUCUUCAGAGGGGGCGUAUUUGGAAAGCUCUAGUUGGAACGAUGCACUGCUAGAAACCAUCUUUGAGCAGGCUUACAGCGAAAAUAGUUCCGAGAGUGAAAGGAACGACACCGGAAGAUUGCUGUAUCAUAUCGGUCGAAAGGCAAUUUUUAUCUUGAGCAACAGACGCAUCGGAAUCGAAUUCACUCCAGCUUUCUCAGAACAAGAACAAGAACGCUACUACUGUGUUUUAACAACGAAGCCACCGUCCAACAAAAUUUUCGUGAGCAAAGACAACAUUCCAUUUUACUUGAACCUCCGCGAGAUAGAGAAAACUCACUUGCAGCUUAGUGCCACGAAUUUCCUCGACCAUGUUGACAGCCAUCUACAGGCUUUUGUUUGUAGACGAGGACAGAUUCUGGGGCUAAAGCAGCUCCACGGAGACAGUAUUGGAGAUCUUUACCACAGCUUGCCUUACAACCUGAUCAAGUUUUCACUCGACGAACCAACCUGUAAAGCCGACGUCGAGCUCGCCUUUGACAAUCUCGCGUCCGAGUACCCGACGCGGUGCACGGUUUUGGUGUGGUCUCUCGCUCAUCCAGGCCGAAAAGCAAGCGGGCGGCGUGGAACUCGGUCGCAGCAGGCAUCUCAAGCUGCGUCGAUCAAAGUUUCUAAAGCGGAAGAACUCUUGAGAAUGAAACUUCUACCCGAUGCGUAUGAUGAUCUCGUCAAGGAGAUACAAGCAGCGGCUAUGGCAGAAGCUUGAAAAGAAGAGUUCAAUGUUUGAUGUUACUGCCAGACCGUGCAGCGCUGUACGCCAUGUGGCUGUAUGCCGCGCGGUAAGGGCCGUUUGGAAUCGAAUAUCCUUUCAUUUGAGUUCA